AUGAUUUUAAACAAAGAUUAUUUAUCAGACAUAGACAAUUCAACAAGUAAAAAUCAUAUAAAUAUGACAAGUAUAUCUUCUAGUAGAAAUAAUAAAGUAAAUAAAGAAUUUAACUCUGAAAUGGACACUCUCAUAGAAUUAAUAGAUAAUUCUAGAAAUAAAAUCUCUCUGUUAGAAUCUCAAAAUAAAAAUAAGAAAAAAGAAGUAGAAAGUGAAUAUAUUUUUUUAAAAAAAAUAGGAGAUGUUUGUAAGAGAAGUUGCGAUUAUUAUUAUAAAACAAAUAUAAACUUUCAUGAAUCCUGUGAAAACUUUAACAUUCUUUUUAAAAUAUUUAGUGAUUCUUUAGUAAAGAUAAAAAAGAGAAAUGAAGAUGCAGAAAAAACUGAAGAAAUUUUAAAAAAUUAUGAAGAAAAUGAAUUAAUAAAUCUGAAGGAAAAAGAGGAAAUCAAUGAAAAAAUAAAAAAAGAAUUAAAAGAAUUGAUAAAUGAUAUAAAUUUUAUGAACAAUGAAUCUUUAAAUAUAACUAAUAAAAUAAAAGAAAUAGAUUAUCAGAUUAAUCAACAUAAAGAAGCAUUUGAAUCAUUUAACAUUUUAACCAAUUUAAAUUAUGAAAAAAUUAAUAUAUUGGAAAAUGACUUUAAAAGAAUAUGUGAUGAAAAAGAAAGCAUAAUAAAUAAUAUCAAUGAGAAUAAGGAUAAAAUAAAAAUAUGUAGACAAAAUUUAAUUGAUCAAAAAAAGGAAUUGGAUGGAAAAAAUGAUACAUUAAUUUUAAGUGAAAAAGAAUUAAAAUUUCAAAAAGAAAAUUUAAUAAUCAAGAAAAAUGAAAUAGAAUCUAAUAACUCAAGGGUAGAAUCACAAUUACAAUUUUUAGAAAAUCAAAUAUCAUCUCAAGAAUAUUAUUUAAAUGUAAUUAAUACUGGUUUAAAUAACACACUAAAUACAAAAAAAGAAUUAGAAGAAAACGCAGAAAAUAUUCAAAAGGAAAUAAAUAUUUUAGUAUGUUCUUUAAAAGAAACAGAAGAAGAAAAAAGAAAAGAGAAUAAUAAAUUUAAUGAAUUAAAAAUAAAAGUAGAUGAAUUAGGAAAUGAGUUCAAAGUAAAAGAGAAAGAAUUAACUGAACUAAAAAAUGAAGAAAGAAUUUUAAAUGAUAAAAUUGAAAAUGAAAGAAAAAAGUUAAAUCAAAAUAUGUUAAGUGAUUUGAAUAAAGAGAAAAAUAUUAUAGAAGAAGAAAUUAACAAUUAUAAAGAAGAAAUUAACAACUUAAUUUUAAAUGAAAAAAAUAAAAUGGAUAACGCUUUAAUUGAUAUUGAUGUGAACUGUACUGAUAAUAAAAACUUCCUAAGUCACUUAGAAGCUAUUUUAGAAAAGAUGAAAGUGAAAAUUAAAGAAGAACAGGAUGAUCAAUGGAAAAGGGAUAGAGAAAUACAAAAUAUAAAUGUGAGAAUUCAGGAAUUAAUAGAAAAAUUAGAUGAAGAAAAAAAAAAAAAAAAUGAAAUAGAUGAAUUUAUAAAUUCAAAAAGGGAAGAAUUAAUAGAACUUAAGAAUAAAGAAGAAGAUGUUGAAAAAUGUUUAUCAGAUAUUAAAGAAGAAAUGAAAGAUAUGAAAUUCAAUUAUGAAAAGGAAGAUAAUGAAAAUAAAGAAAUGGAGAAAAGUUUGAAAGCAAUUUACAAAAAAACAGAAUCAAAAAUUAUGCAACUACAUAAAGACUAUGAUGAAAAAACGAAAAGUUUAUAUAACUCUAAAGAUUAUAAAAUAGAUAUAAAUUCCAAAGAAAAAAAAAAAAUGAAAGAAGAAAUAAGUGAAUAUUCUGAAAAAAUUAAGAAAGAGUAUGAUUUAAAAAAAGUAGACUUUGAAAAAGAUGAAAAAGAAAAAAAUGAUAAAGAAAACAAAGAACUUGAUGAAGAAUUAAAAAAAAAAAAUGAUUUGAUAAAUUAUUAUAAAGAACUAUUAAGUAAGCAUAAGGAAAAUGAAAAUGAUAAGAAAAAUUUAGAAGAUAAUAAAGGAAAUGAUAUACAGAAUAAUAAUUCUAAAAAAAAGGAAAAUACUAUAUCAUAUCAAAAGAGUAAUUCUUAUAGUAAUUUAAAUAAAUAUAAAUUAUUUACAGUUUCUGAUCAAUAUAAAUUUGGUUAUUUUGAUGUAACAUCCCCUGGAGUUAUAAGAAAAGGCAUUAAAAUUCAAAACCGUUCGGUGAAAUCACCACAUAUAACAAGAUUACUUGAAAAAAUAAAGAAUCGAAAAGAAUGCCAAACAUUAAUAGGCUCUAAAAAGACACCAUUGUAUCAAGUUAAUAGUAAUAAUAAUAAUAGUAAUAAAAUAUUUUCUAAAAUAAAAACAUCAAAAAAUAAUAAUUCUUUUGAUUUAUUUCAACACUUAUAA